GUGUGGAAUUCGCAUUUAAUUACAGUAAUGUUACAGAUAAGGAAGUCCGUGAUGCCACGCCGAACUCGCUCCAGAAGCCUCCUGACGGAGUCACGACAUGUUGCCGAGGAGGAGUUCGUGCCACCGACGUUUACUGCCGUGCCGCCAGAUUUUGUGCCCCCGCAGUGGUCCACGAGACACGAGCGUAUUCGUGACCCUAACGGCCCGAAGAGCGAGGAGACGAUGCACCGCGAGCUCCGGGUCCGGGACGCUAUUCGUCGCCGAGAGAUGGAAGAGGAAGAGGAGAGAGAGAGAGAGUUGUUAGCCGGAUCGGACGACGAGGCGAGAACAGUCGAGCCGAUGGAGGUGGCCGCCUUCACUCUGAUACCGGCCGAGACCAACACCAAGGUGGGUGGAGGGAGGAACCCGAGCUCCAAAGUCUCGCCUUGGUUUCGCCUGGAGAGCGCCGAGGAACGGGAGAGCAGAGAGGCCGUGGAGGAGUUGCGCCGCGUCGUGGAGAAGGAAACGGGUGUAGACCUCCCUACCCAGGUCGAAGAGCGUACUCUCGACACGAGAGGCCUACCCCAACGGCCCUUCACCACGCGCGAUGCUCGCGAGGGCACCACGACCCCAAAAAAGGACCCCGUGUGCUCUACUCCCGAAGAUACGGUAAGGGAGAGGAAGAGAGGACUCCAGUUGAAGGUGAAGCUGUCAGGCCUCCGGUACAGCGGGCUGAAGCCCAUUCCAACGGACCCUGAACUGGAUCCACCCCCAUACAGUUGUUUCAACUGUUGGGGGAGGGGCCACACAGUCUUCAACUGCCCAGAACCGAGACACGGCAAAAUCUGCCUAAAUUGUGGUAGAUUUGGAGAGGACCUCAACUCGUGCCCGCGCUGUCGGGACCGCCACGCUGAGUAUUUGGCGACGGUAGGCUCUCACAAGGGUGUAACGACCAGGACGUCAAGCCCUAAACCCGGAACGAGUCGAGAUGAGGCACCUCGCCCCACAACACCUCUGUCACCCGAAGGAGCGACAGCCACCUCCCGCACGGCGUCCAUCUCCCGUCACCGCCGAGAGAGGUCCAUCACCUGGGCCACCCCGCUCGCCAAGGAGUCUCCCAAGCCCUCACCGCCUCGUAGUCCCAAAAGCUGCUCGGCUGGGCGUCCGCGAAUUCGGAGGGGGGAUCCUUAUGCGACAACCGAGCCCACUACCACCUCCAGUUCUUCUACCUCGUCCAGGAGUGGAUCACCACCUAGAGAGGAGUCUCCCACCCGUGGAGUAGCUGAGGCUGUAGCCGAGACGUUACGCCUCAUUGAUGAGGUCCGAGAUCUGCCCCAGGACAUCAGGGACUCGAUCUUGAGGCGAACUUUCUGCCAGCCGAAACCCCGACGAUCCAGGAGUGGGUCCAGGAAGGACUGAGUUCGCCCUCACAGCCAAACUACAGCCAGUUACAGCCAGUAGAGUAGAGGAAGGUCGGAAUCGGCCACAUAGCCGUGCAAUAACAGCCGGGAGAAGGAGAGAGAGAAUAGCCGACUAACAGCCGAGUUAGCCGCUUACUGUAGGGCGCUCCCACCAGCCGUGCGACUACACACACACGCUGGAGCUCACGCACGCUCACACCUAAGCCGCUCGAGUCAGAAGAUAAGCCCGCCGCCGGGAGGGGGAAAACCUCGCGCCAGGCCGCGGCAGCAGAUACUAUACUGCUACUUGUAUGUGUGAGGCGUUGAGUGUGUGUAAAAAGAAUAUUCACCUAUGUAACCUAAAGAAUUAUUUAUUUGUAAUGUAUGACAUGAGAGGUGGUAUGAUACAGUGUGAAAACCCAACGAUCGCACGAGAAAACAUAUGUAAAUCGCCAAAUGUAACGGCACUAGACCGAUGACUAUGUAUUGCGUUUGUGUGAGUACUCUAGGGAGGUGUACCGUCGCGCCUCGGCCAGAGAAUUCGCCCACUUGGUUUUUCGUCGCAGCCCAGAGAACAUCCCUACGGUUGACCAGACAUUUGUUUAUUGAGAGUAGAGUAAUAUAAGAGUGCGUUAUCCUGUGAUUGUUAUAAGAACGAGGGAGAGGUACGAGAGAGAACUUCAGCCGGAAGGUAGUGUUUAACGGUAAUAUUUAUGAUAUAUAUUGAGUGUGAGAGGAAUAAGCCGGACGUUGCGAAAGUCGGAACGUUACUGCCUCGUGGCAACAUUUUUGACGAGUCGAGAUUUGUAGUACCGGAUAACUGUGCGAGCGUUGUGUGCGAAAACGGAAAUUGUAGCUAGUAGAAAAUAUCACCUUAGAGCCUCGCGUUUAUUAUAUUACAGCCGGUUUUUUUUUUGUAAGUAAAGAUUUGUGAAGUGAUAAUCAGUCGAGUGGUCUAAGCUUAUUACUUCCUAUUUUCCCGAUCGAACUCCCUCGGAGAAUAGAGUCUCGUAACUAGCCGGAGACGCGACCCCAAAACGUUCGCAGAUAAAUCGUCCGACCUGGCGCCUUCGAAAUAAAUACGGCCGGGCGUUAGUAGCUAAUCACUGUUGCAAAGGAAAAUAACGAGGAAAAACCACCGCGUUACAGUAGUUGUUUACUGCGCACCAGCCAUCUUUCGACGCUAGCAUAGCUGUCAUCAUUGACUCAGGGGUCAUCCUAACCUGAAGGUACCGCUCGAGUCCCUCUCGUUCUAUUUCGUAUCGCGAACAGUUACAGAAUACAUGCUCCGCAUCUUCGUUUGCUUCUAAACAUACUGGGCAAUUUAGAUUACUAGACUUGGCGCAGUGCGCUGCGCGCACUGUAGUAGACUAUAAUUUCAUUAACUUAUUAAAUGGAAUAUAAAUACUUGAUUGAUAUUUUUAAUAUUUGUUUUCUAUCACGGAAAUAUAUCAAACUUCACAAUAUAUGAUUCAUUUCGCGCUCAUAUAAAUUUCAAAAUUGCCGCGGUUUCGUCGCCAACUUCCUUUUAAAAUUUUAAGGUUAUGUCUCGAGAAUAGAAUAGUCUCGAGAGUAGAAUGUCUCUAGAAUAUUAUAAAUACACAAAUUAUAAUUUGAUAUGUAUUAUAGUAUUAUAUUACAUUUUUAAUAUUAGAAUCAAUUUUAGAAAUCAAAAACAAAUCAAAAAAUUCUAACGAUACUUUUGACGCAUGCUCACUACAUAAGCCAAUCAUAUUGACGCAUUCUUGGCUUCACUUCAUCCGGUCAUGACUUUUUUAUAUAGGGAUCCUCUAUCUUGAAGCGGUGUAGCUAGGGUCAAAAGCACCCAUGUCCGCUCAAAAACUCCGUAAGGUAGUAAUUCACUUCCCCGUGUCGUCUAUUGGUCCAGCCAACAAUACAUGGUACGAGGCGGUGCGUCCAUCGCCCAUUUCCACUGGAGUCCCAUCGUCUUUGCCACUCAGCUAGGGUUUGUUCCUUUGCGGAUUUCCCAACUUCCUUUUGAGUAUUGUCACUACGCCGGUUUUCUUCGUAUAUAUUUUUUCGUUCUGUUGCUAGGAGGUCAAUAGGCGGCAUACUAGAUAUAAGAAUAGCCUCCGUUUUAUGGUGUAACAUCUAAAGAUGCUACCGCACUUAUAUAAUUACUACACCUUUAGCCUGCACUUUCGUGCAAUAGCUGGGUGCUUUGAAAUUUGGAUGUUUGUGAAAAAAAGGAAUGAAAGGAAAAUAAAACUUUUAGAAAAUAACCCGGGGUUAAUCGGAUCUAAAUUCUAAAAGAUAGAGAAAAGGGAUAAAUGACCCGGUGUUAUUCGGUUCACUUAUCCAAGCGAUAGGUUGUAGGAAGGGAUAGAGAAAGUUAGGACAGGUAAAACAAAUUUUUACUUACUUUUCUUUCUUCUUGCCGCUGGCUGCUGGGCGUCGUAUAAACCCACACAGAGUUUAUAUUUGAGGACUUUGGAGAUAUGUAGAAAAAAACUUUAGUCACGAAUUAUAGUACUCACGAAACUAAUUUAUUCUUUUAGCUUAAAAUUUAACUGUUCGCGUACAAAAACUUAAGCGCGUACAAGCGCGUGAAUCGAUCUAUCGCGUACAAGCGCGAGAAUCUACCGAGCUUACUUAGAGCCGGGACCGGAGUGUUGAACUAGGGUGAUGUUUCGCAGCACGAAGGGCCUAGAGUCCUCCCAUCUCGAUGUUAUUGGGGUCGCGUUCCGCUUAGAUGCCAAAAAUUAGCGAGUGAGAAAAGCCGUUAUAUUUGAGCUUUCCCUCACUUACGCCGAAUGUUCGCAUCUCUUCUCCUACGCAGCUUCAGUCAGGCCCUUCGGUCCGCCUACGCCCUCUCCUCUAUGACUGUGGUUCGCCUAUAUACCGCUUUCGAUGCGCACACCAAUUUGUAUAAAAUUUCCCAAGCAUUUUAUUUAUCAUUAAUAAAAGUUGAGUAGAGUAUUGUAUAAAACUUUCAAUAUUAUAAUUUUAAUGCUGGUGAAAUUUUCUACAAAUCGAUACCAAACAACUAUAUCUAAAACUUAGUAAUAAAGUUCUUCUGCGCGUUAGUUUAAGAAAAUAUUAUAAAUAAAUGAAUUUACUCUUGAA